AUGCCUCCUAAGACCAAGGUUGCUUCCAGAGGUCGCGGUGGCAGAACCGCCACCGAUGUCCGAAUCUUCAAUUGUAGCAGAUCCUCUUCUCAUUCGUCAAACCCUUCUGAACGCACAGACUCUGCGACACAGUCUGCAACCCAUUCACAUCAAAGCUGUCCUUCACAGUUUCCCCCGACAAAUCCAGCGCCAAUAAGUAGUCCAUUGCCGACUACAGAUCCACCGUCGAGGACAAAUCAACCGUCGAGGACAAACCAACCGUCGAGUAGUCAUCCACCGUCGAGGACAAACCAACCGUCGAGUAGUCAUCCACCGUCGAGGACAAAUCAACCGUCGAGUAGUCAUCCACCGCGGAGGAUACUUACACCGCCUCCGAUUCCUCAACAAGCGCCUCUUCCUGUUCCUCACCCUCAACCGCCUCCUAUUCCUCAACAAGCGCCUCUUCCUGUUCCUCACCCUCAACCGCAACCGGAGCUUGUUCCAGAGGGAGAUAACGGCGACGAAGCAAACGAGGAAGAACAAAACCCUAAUCAAAAUGUCGAUCACUACCAAGAUCUGUUAGAUGGUUUGCUAGCUCUUCCAGGCCGAGAACAUCUACCACUCCUGUCUCAGCAUCCUAUCCCUGGAGUCGAAACUCUAUGGUUUAACCGGCACAAAGGAAAGCUUUCUCGAGUCAUUGCUGGAAUCUUAAGGAGAAAGUUUGAUGGGCCUUACUACAGUUGGAAGGUUACUCCACAACACAUUCAAGAGCGAUACUUCAGGACAUUUGCGCGGAAGUAUAAUUGGGAUAUCGGGAUUACUGAGCUUGUUAAAGAAGGUUUCUUGAAGAUAGCAAAGAGCAGGAUGAAAGGCAUUGUCAGUCAAGUUAGGAGGAGUGGUGUACAACCACCAUGGAUUGGUGAUAAAGUAUGGCCUAUUAUGUGCGAAUAUUGGAACACCCCUGAUGCCAUGGAGAGGAGUGAGAAUGCUUCUCAUUGCAGAAACUCGGACCGUGGAGGCCUUGGAGUGCACAAACACUUAGCUGGUCAGAAAUCAUAUGUACAAAUUCAUCAAGAAAUGGAGGAAGAGCUGGGGCGUCCUGUAUCACUGGUCGAAGUGUUUCUUAAAACACACACUCGGCCAGAUGGAUCAUUUGUGGAUCAAAAAGCCAAACAAGUUGCUGAGACCUAUGAGAAGACCAUAGAAGACAGACAAACUGACACGGACAAUGAUGGUCCAGAUGGUUCAGAGAGUUCAACACAUCGAACUCUUUCCCUUGAAGAAAGAAAUGAGAUCUUCCUUGAGUGUACUCAAACAGAUAACAGAGGUAACCCAUUUGGCCUUGGAUCACUUGUUGAGACACUAAGGAAAGGAAAAAGGAAAGAGAGUUAUGCGAGCUCUUCUGCAGCAACUCUUGCGGAGCUUCAAGAUCAACUUCGGCGCAAGAUAUCUGAACAUGAGUCUGAGAAUGCACGACGUGAUCAGGAACACCGAGAGUCUCAAGCUGUGAUCAACAAGCUUGUCCUCUUCAUCUCUGAAAAAAUUCCUGAAUACUCAGCUUUUACGGUUCCUCCUCCUGCAGCCACCCAACCAGCUAUCGCGCCUACAACCACUGCACAACCCAUCGAUGGAGGCACCACACCACCCUCCAGUCCAGCUGCACAAACCCCUACCUCUAAUACUUCUUCCAACUAA